AAAAAAACAAUAAUUUCGUUUGAAUAAAAUUACGAAUAUAAAUAAUAUUGAAUAUGAUUACAAUAUUCUUCGAUUGCAAGAACGCAUAAUAUUUAUCGCAAAGAUUUAUUUUUUAUUUUAAUAUGUUAUUUUUAUAAGCAUAUUUAUUCUUUUCGAUAAUUUUAUAUAUAUAUGUAAAUAUAUGAUAUUUCGAUCGAUACUUAAAAAAAAAUGAAAAUCAAAUGAAUUCGAUAUAUUGCUACAAACCUGUUAUAACGAUCCGAUAAUUCGAUUCUAUUGUUAAGAAUUUAUCUUAUUCAGUUAGCAAUAUUUUUUUGUGAAAAUAUUCUUGACCUACGAUAAGGUUACGCCAUUUGCUUUCUCUUAGAGUAGGCGUAAUCAGUUGAAAUUCUGGCACUUUGCCAGUUACGAAAAAAUAGGUUAUCGAUCAAACGUUUGUAUUUAACAAUCUCGAAUUUGCCGAAAUACCUGUGCAUUUUUUUUUGUCUUUCAAUUCCUUUCAUUUUUAUUUCUUUUUAUAAUUAUAUUUUCUUAUUUAUUCAUUUAUCAUUUUUUUUUUUAAAUUUUACGAUAUGAAAUAAAAUAUUUAACAAUUAUCUUUCAUUUUAUAAAGCCUGAUUUACAUUUAACUCGAAUCACAAAUUUUCUACUCUUUUCUAGUCACACAAUGUAAAUUAAAAUUAAUAAUCUGAUAAUUAUUUAUUUAAAAAAAAAAGAUUAAGCUAGCUUUCUCGAUUUUCAUAAAAUGGACGAUCGAAUGAAAAUAUAAAAGUAGCCAUAACGACAUCUCGAAGAGAAAUCAGGAAAUAGAAAUAUUCGAUAGGGAAAAAAUUAUCGUUCGAUAAGUCUGGUUCAAUCGAAUAUCUCGUUUGAAAACGAGUCUUGCGAUUUUCGAUAUAAAGUCGAUGAUGAUUAAUGAUCGGAAAUUCAAUGUCAUCGAUAUAAAAUAUGUCGAUAUUGUGGUAAAGAAUAAAUACAAUGGCAGUGAGAACGAUUCUUUUAUCUUACGAAACGUAUGAAGUUACGUAAAUUCGUUCGUGUAAAUAUUAAUCCAUCUUUUUCGGAUAGUUGGACUAAAAACCGUUGUUUGUCACCAAUGUGUAACACAAUGCGUGAAAGAUCAAGAUAUUUUGAUUAAAAGAUCAACAGGAAGAUUGUCAAAAAAAGAAGAUUUUAAUGAUUGCUGCUACACUGACCGACCAUCUGUUCUAAAUACGCUAGAUAUCAUGAGACGAAAAUGAGAGAAAAAUCGAAAUAUUUUUCGUAUAAUCAUUUCAAAUGAAAUAAUAUGAAAAUAAUCUCUUUAUCUAAAUACCUGUCAAUUAGUUUUGCAACAUUCGACACUGUUGUGGAGUUUGAAGAAACUCGUAACGUUGUUAAUCGGAUCGGAUAGCAUAAUAAUAAUGUAGAUGAAGAAAAAAGAAAAAUUCGAAGGAAUAAGCAAGGGUAAAAAGAAAAAUCGCCAUGUAUCAAUUACUACAUUUUCGUAGUCGUUCUUUGCGAACUCUUAUCCUGGGAUUGAUUUGCUUGACCUUUUAUGCAUAUUAUCGCACUACUUAUUACGAUGUCUCUCAAUAUAAUGUACCACGAAAUGUCAGCCGAUCUACGUCUCAGGAAAUUUAUAAGCAACGGUCAAAUGUCACUAUAGAGCUUCGUAUAGGAUCUUUGUCUAAGAAUGAUUCUCCUGAAUUAUCAAUCGUUGACACUUAUAACGUACAAAAUGUUAGUAAUCUUUCAAAUUCUUUGAUUACUACGCAAUCAACAUCUAGCCCUCAGACGACAAACGUAUCGAUUCUUGUUUCCAAGCAAAACAACGAAAAGUUACAGACACGAGUGGAAAAGAUCAUAAAUGAGACCAAAGAUGUCUCUGUUCUUUCAAAUGAGUGUUCUGCGCGUGCUAUUUAUGAAGCUGGUCAUAUGGUACCAAUUCCAGAAAAAUGCCCAAAUUUUGGUAAAGAAAUGGAUCUGGUAAUCAUAAUAAUGUCUGCACCGACACAUCUAGAAGCUAGGAUGGCGAUAAGACAAACAUGGGGUCAUUUUGGUCAAAGAAGUGAUAUCAGUAUCUUAUUCAUGUUAGGUGCAACUAUGGAUUCCAAAGUGGAGACGAUUUUGAGAAAAGAGCAAAAAACUUACAACGAUGUGAUACGCGGAAAAUUUUUAGAUUCCUAUUCCAAUUUGACGCUUAAAACGAUAUCUACUCUUGAAUGGGUGGAUAAUUAUUGUUCCAAAGUUAAAUUUCUUUUAAAGACUGAUGACGAUAUGUUUAUUAAUGUUCCACGUUUGCAAGCUUUUACAAUUAAACAUGCAAGAGAUAAAAAUGUAAUAUUUGGAAGAUUGGCAAAAAAGUGGAAACCAAUUAGAAAUAAGAAAAGCAAAUAUUUUGUGUCUCAAGCUCAAUUUAAACAUGCCGUAUUUCCAGAUUUUACUACCGGACCAGCAUAUCUCUUAUCCAGUGAUAUCGUGCGUAAAUUAUACGAUGCCGCAUUGGAUCAAACGUAUCUUAAACUCGAAGAUGUUUUUGUGACUGGUAUAGUAGCGGAUAAAUUGGGAAUAAAAAGGAUACACGCUAAUGAAUUUUUAAACAAAAAGAUUUCAUAUAGUGCGUGUAAUGUUCAACGAGGCAUUAGUAUUCAUAUGGUCAAAUAUAGCGAACAAUUUGAUCUUUGGAAAAAAUUAUUUGAUGGUAAAAGUAAAUGUAAAUGAUAAACAACGCUUAAAAUAAUAGAUAUUCCAUAUCCUAUUUACGCGAUACAUCAUUUGAUUCUCAUAUGACGAUCGAUCAAAAUACACCAUUCGACUGUGCUCGGUUAGGUGCAACAAAUAAUAAAUUAACUUCUUUUUUCAUUCGAAUAUUUAAUUAAUCGUAAUAGAAAUUUUUCUUUUUCUUUUUCUUUUUUUUUUCUUUUUUCCUUUCUAUUUCUUUCUUUUUCUUUAAAUCAAGAAGGAACAGGAACCAUGAAUUGAAAUUAUUAUUUAAUGUGAUAAUAUAAUUGUGUCUUUUAUAUUCGUGAACGGACAAUUCGUGGUUUUAUGCCUUAACUAUCUAAUAUAAUAAUAUUCGUCUAAUACUCAUAGCGUACUUAAUAUUUUAAUAUUUUGCAAUAGGAUUAGAAAAACUUCCUAUUCGCAUAAUUUCGCGUUAAUUUCGAUUGAAGUUUGUGUAUUCAUGACAAAGCGAACGCUAAUUAAGAAUUUGCGGCUGUUUCUGUUAAAAUAUUUUUCGGAGAUAGGUUUUUGUUAGAUAUUAAUAGAAUAAUGCAACGAUUUAAUAUGAUUACAGAAAUCGAUUAUUUGUUAAGAUAAUGAUAUAUGCUUAUAUAAAUAAAUUACAAUAGGUCUUUUUUUUUAUUUCAACGAUGAAAUACAUUAUCAAGCGAUCAACAAUAAAGUAUUUAAAAGUUUUAUCGAUAAACUUUCGAGCAAGUUUAUUGAAUAAACAGCCUGCAUAAUUAUUAAGAAUAUGAUCAUUAAGAUAUGAUUUGACGACGCAAGAUUUUUAUUUCUCUUAAAAAAAAAAAAAAAAAAGAAAGAAAGAAAGAAAGAAAGGAAGGAAGAAAAAGAAGAAGAAAUAAUCGCGAUUUCGUAAUUUAACAUUCGAAGAUGUAAAUGAAAGAACGUAUUUAUCGUAUGAUUGAUUGUGUAUUAUGCAUGUACUGGUUUGCGAUUGAUCGAAAUGGAUUGACUUUCUUUUUGAUUGAAUUAAUGAAUUUUGAAAAAUCACGAAAAUAUCGUAUUAUUUAAAAAAAAUGAAUGUUUUCCAUAAAGAAAAGAUACGAAUGGAGCAAUGACGAAUAUCUGGGAAGAAUGAAACGUACAAUAUAAAGAUUAAAUUAUAUGUAUAUUGUACUUAUAUGCCAGUAUUAUUGGUCGUGCAUAUCAGUACAUAAUACACGAAAUAAUGAAUAAUGACUUAACAUGACAUUGUAACAUGCCUUCCGAAAUGACCGAUAUCGAUUUAUAUUAAGAAGUGUGUAAUGUAUACGGUCAUUAUUUAUCUACAUUCCAUACUUUUGCUAAAGUAAUUACUAUUCUCGAACGAUUUGUAUUUUAUUCUUAUACAAACUCAUUACAAGUAUUUUGCGAGGUUAGACAAAUAUGUAAAUGACAUAUACGAACAAAUUUUUUCCAUAUCGAUUUUUCGAUAAAAUAAUUGUUAUUGCUUUACGAUAAUUUUAUUUCGAAAACGAAACUUGUCUCGAUUUAAAAUUAAUAUAAAAAAAUCUCAGACAUGAAUGUGUCCUAUCAUUUUACAACAAACGUAAAUAUAUCUAAUUUUUCUAACAA